UUGUUGACUGUUAUGUGAUGUCCGCUGCUUACGCAAAUCGUUGCGCAUACGCAGCGUGUUGCCGUGUACCGUUAUGCAGGCUAAGCCCGCCGCCACCCACACAAAGGCUAAAGGCAGCACCCAAACUACGUCAAUGGCAUAAAACUUUCUCACAUGACAACCUACUGCAAAAUGACAAAUGCAGUCUGUGAGACGAUGAAUAAAUCUUGGGUCAGAAUUGAUCAGUGUCGUUUGCGAGCAAUAAAUCGAAAUAUAACCACACUUAAUGUUGAGGUAACUCUUCUGCAACCCAUCAAUGUGGUCCACGUAAAUCUGGAACUGAGGACAAAGGCCUUUGGAUAUAGACCCUCGAUCUUUAACUACACAAUUGAUGCUUGUGCUUUUCUGCGAAAUCGCAAACAUCAGAUAUCCAAAAUGAUUUGGCACAUUUUCAGGGACUUUUCGACAAUGAACCACACGUGUCCCUAUGAGGGCACCCAGAUUUUAAAAGACUUCUACUACGAUCCCACAAAUCUGACACUGCCCAUACCAAGUGGGGAUUAUGUGAUGCUUUUGACUUGGAUGUUCGACAAGAGGCCGCAGUUGUCCACAAAUGUGUAUUUCUCAUUCUUUCAGGACACUAUCAAAGUAUGAUUAAAAACUAAU